AUGCUCGCUCAACGUGUUGGCGUCGCCGCCCUUCGCCGAGGUGCGGCUAAGCCUAGCAGUGUCUUCUUCUCCCAGACGCUGCCCAAGGUUGCCCUGACUGCCGGCAUCUCGACCACUCCCUCCCGUCCCGUCGCCAGCACCAAGCUCUCCCAGGAGGAAGGCCGCCAGCUCCUCGUCAACCAGCGCCUGAACCGUCCUGUGUCCCCCCACCUGGGCAUCUACAAGCUGGAGCAGACCUGGUUCGGCAGCUCUGCCUGGAACCGAAUCACCGGAUGCACCCUCUCGGCCACCAUGUACGCCUUCAUGGGCGCCUACCUCGUCGCCCCCGUCGUCGGCCUGCACCUCGAGACUGCCAGCGUCGCCGCUGCUUUCGGCGGCCUGCCCCUCGUCGUCAAGGGUGGCCUCAAGUUCGCCCUCGGCUUCCCCUUCGUGUACCACUUGAUCAACGGCUUCAAGCACCUCCUGUACGACAUGGGCAAGGGUUUCGCCAAGCCCACGAUCAAGAAGACUGACAACAUUCUCUGGGCUGCGAGCAUCCUCGGUGCCAUUGGUCUGGUUGCUUUCGUGUAA